AUGGAUAACCCACCCAUUGACCACUUCGGCGCUUCCAACAGGACAUUCCAGCAACGCUACAGCAUCUUUGAUGAGUUCUACAAGCCGGGCGGACCUAUCAUGUUCUUCCAGGGCGAGGAGGGUUGGCUCCUAGACUGUGCCAAUAUAACUGUUAUAAAUCAACAACGGUGCUUCCAACAGCAAGGCCAUAACUGCCAGUGGUUCUUACGGCGGAUUACUCGCUGCGGCAUUCCGCUUAAACCAUCUCGAUACCUUUUCGGGUCCCUCGCCGCCGCAGGAGCUGUCAAGGCGUUCUCCAACAGCAGCGAUCCCGACACAUACAACUGGUGGAGAUGGGUUAAUCAGAUCUACCUCGACCGUUCUAAGGAGGCUGCAGAUAAGAUACAGAAUGCUUUCACUGUCUUACAAAAGCGUCUUCAAACGAUAGACGACGGAGGUGUAAGUCUGGAAGAGGAGCUUAUUCUCUGUUCCGCACCUUCUUCAAACGACAGUGUUGGCAACUUCCUGCUCGUCUUGGAUUUGACUACUGUCUUUUCGUUCGCUGCGGAAAUCAAUUACCCUACGGUUCAGCUGGGUAGAAAUCCAGUCGCUGACCCAUUGGACAAGAUCAUCAAUAUAGUUCUGACAGAGACGGAUCCGGUACAGAUUUUGAGCAAGACAUUCUGGCUUUGGUUUGGCGCUCCAGGCCCGUCUAAUGCUCUGUGCCUCAACUAUACGGACCCCGGCUUCAUCAUGACAACCGUUCCACUUAUCGAAACAGCGCCAUUCAACUAUAUCACUUGCAAUUACUUGCCUUUAGCAUCAUCAAAUAUCCCGGAAGGGACCAUCUUCCCUGCUUUCCUGACAGCUUCGGACAGCCAGCCCCAGGCCUGUAAACUCAAGUACAGCCAUUUGCCAAUGACUCAGGAGGAGACAUCCCAGCGUUAUCACUUCUCCCCUGAAAGCAUCAAGAACUCAACACGAAUCAUCUGGUCCAAUGCCUAGUACGACCCGACGGCUGCUGUCAGCGUUGAUUAUCUUCCUAUCUCAACCGACGUAUGCGCGUCGAGGAUGAUCUUGACGAGCAACAUCGCGCACUGAGAAGAUUUGUUCCUGCCCAACCCAAAUGACAGUGUGACUCUCACGCAG